GAAUCACAAAAUUUCAGUGUUGGAAGAAUUUCAGAAUUUCAGCGGCCAUCUAGUCCAACCCGUACCUGAAGAGAAACCCCACUAUCUACACUGCUGCUGCCGCCGCUGCUGCUGGCAGAGCCCGAGGAGAAGGGUCAAGUGUCCACCCCAGGGCCCCAGCUAGAAGAGGGGACAGACACCUCCGGAAUCAGCCUUUCUCUUAGCAGCUGCUAAGAAAGCUGAGCGGAGGUCCAGUCCCGUAAAGGUCCAAUUCUCAGAAGGUCACAGCGAGCAAAAAAGACCCAGACAUGUUGAAGAAAGAAGCCCUCCUCCUCAUCCCCAAUGUCUUGAAGGUAUUCUUAGAGAAUGGCCAGAUCAAGUCCUUCACGUUUGAUGGCCGAACAACAGUCAAGGAUGUGAUGGUGACAUUGCAGGACCGCCUCUCCCUAAGAUACAUCGAACACUUCGCUCUCGUCCUGGAGUACGCAAGCCCAGAAGAGAGCCACAAGUUCCUGCUUCUCCAGGACAAGCAGCCCCUGGCCCAUGUGGUUCAGCGGACGCACUACCAAGGUAUGAGAUGCCUCUUCCGGGUGAGCUUCUUCCCCAAAGACCCUGUGGAGCUUUUGCGCCAAGAUCCUGCUGCCUUUGAGUAUCUGUAUAUUCAGAGCCGAAAUGACGUCAUCCGAGAACGCUUUGGAAUGGACCCCAAGCCCGAGAUGCUCUUAGGCCUUGCCGCACUCCACAUUUACAUCACCGUCUCCGCCGCACGCCCCAGCCAGAAGUUCUCCCUCAAGAAUGUGGAGAAGGAGUGGGGCCUGGAACCCUUUCUUCCUCCCUCCCUCCUACAGAGCAUCAAAGAGAAAAACCUUCGGAAAUCACUCUCCCAACAACUGAAGGCACAUCAAGCCCAUCCCCCCAGCGGCACCAAGGGUUCCCAGAUGCAGGCAAAGCUUCAAUAUCUUCGGAUUCUGAACGAACUUCCCACCUUCACAGGCGUCCUGUUCAACACUGUGGGCCUGGACGAGAAACAUUCUGCCACGACCCUCCUGGUGGGGCCCCGGCAUGGGAUCAGCCACGUGAUUGAUCUCAAGACCAACCUCACCACUGUGCUGUCGGAGUUCAGCAAAAUCAGCAAGAUCCAGCUGUUCCAGGAGAACCAAGGCGUAGCCCGGGUAGAGACCAGCAUCUUGGACGCUAAGCCUCUGGUACUGCUGAUGGAAUGGCCCGAAGCCACCAACUUCGCCUGCCUGAUUGCGGGGUACUGCCGUCUCCUGUUGGAUUCGAGGAAAAUGAUGUUCUCCAAGACUCCCAGCCAGCCUCCUCCAUCUUCAAUGAACAAGGCAGAUUACAUGCAAAAUGCCCACCACCCUGUCUCUGGGGGCCACCUGGGGAAGAAGGAGAGUAGUUUUGUGGGCGGCAUGGUCUCCAGCCCUGGGAAGCCGUGCUCGCAGGGCCUCCCAGCUGCCAACUCAGAGCUUGUCAGUUUCUGCUACCUCCACAUGCGGGAGCAGAGGAAGGAGAGGGAGAGCCAGACAGACAUCAAUGAGAAUCUAAUCUUCUUUGAGGAGACCAGACCCAGGACCAAGUCGGAUCCAACAUCCAAAAGCUCUGGCCAGGGUUAUAGUGAGGCUGCCAACAACUAUGACAUGACCAGGCCGGUCCAGGUGCCCUGUACCAGCAGAGCCCGGGCCUAUACCAUAGAUAAUACCCUUGGGGCUGAGGCUCUGAACUUCUACUGCGACUCCUGCAAAGCCAAGCUCAAGAACCAGUUGGGCUCCCGGAAGAACAGGAGGCCUGGGACUUCCUGUGACAAUAUGGUGGAUCUCAUGUCCCUCCCUCCCCCUGGAAGUGAGGAAGAGGAAGAGGAGGAAGAUGAGAGCACUUCCUUGCUGCCUGCCAUUGCCGCCCCACCCCCAGGUUUCCGGGACAACAGUUCUGAUGAGGAUGAUCCCAAGCGGCGAGUGGCCCAAAGCCAGGAGCAAGGGCGACCCUUGUGUGGAAUCUUAUACGAUGAGAUCCCGGUGACUCUGAUCGACAGUGUACAGACCCGAACUGUCCGAGACCAUGCCCAGGAACUAGACGAUGCCCUGGUGUCCACCCUGCAAGCCUUGGAAGCUCUUGCAGCAGCAGAGGACUGUCCGCACCCCCCACCCCCACAGACAGCAGGUCUGAUUGUGCUGGCCACCAUCACCCCCGAGUCGUCUCUGGACUCUGGCCACGAGACCAAUUCGUCCGAGUUGACAGACAUGUCCGAGAUGGUGUCCGCCAUGAAACAGCGCCAGAACGCCACCUACUUUCUGGCCCAGCACCUCAACAAGGAGGGCCUGGCGGCCCGCCAGGACCUGCCUUUCCAGAUCCCGAGCUGCGUGGCGCCCUGCCCCGCGGGGGCGGCGGCGGCCCGCCCCGCGGCCCUCCCCGGCCAGGGCUCGGGCCCCCCGGGGGGCAGGAGAAGACUGGAGGCGGCCGAAGCUCCGCCGCCCCGCGAGCUCCCCCCGGCUCUCGCCGUGCACCCGGCGCUGGCCUCGCAGCUCGGCGGCGAGCCCCGGAGCCAAGGCCCGAUGCCCUGGGGAGCCGAAGGCCAGGAUCCCGAGCACCCGAAGGCCGCCCUGGAGCUGGCUCUGCGGGCCAGCCCCUCCGCCCCGGGGGCAGAGCAGGGCGCCGAGCUGAGGGAGAAGGCGCCCAAGGAAGUAAGGCCGAGUCCCCAGCUGCUCUUGGAGUCCAAGCGCAGCGCGACGCCGGCUGGCCUGUCGGCCGCCUUGCACCAAGUGGUCCACACUAAGGCCCUGGCGUCCCCGGGGGCAGCCCUGGACGGCACGCCAGGGGAGAGGAAGCAGGGGCCCAGUGCGGGGAGCAGCGGCAUCUGUAAGAAUCUCAAAGCCAAGGGGAGCCCCACUCCUGCUGAGGUUGCGUUCGGCUAUCAGCACCGGCCGCCGCCGCCGCCGCCGCCGCCGCAGCAGCAGCAGCAGCAGCAGCGGGGUAGGGGGCAGUUCAGCCCAGAGGCCUCUCCCAGAACCAAGGCCCCUUCUAGGAUCCAGGCUGACCCCUUGCGCCUCUCUCUCAUAGAGGAGGACAAGCUCUCCGCUCAGGGCUUCCCCGCCAAAAGCUACCUCCCCCAAAAGGCCCGGGAGCCCCUCGGGAAACAGGUCAGUGGGGAGGCGGGGAGCAGGGGCGGGGCCGAGGGAGCCGGCUCAGCCUCUAGGAAGCAGGGCUUUGCCGCGGGGCAAGGGGAGAGAGGGCAGCCGGAGAGCGGGCGGCCCGAGGACGGCGCCCGAGGCCCCCGAGCCGGCCACCCCGGCGCCUUCCAGAGCUCCGGCGGUCAGCCCAGAGGUCCCGGCUCCUUGGGGCUCUGGGCUAGCGGCCGGCAGGCCCACACCAUGCCCUCCAGGAAACCCGCCAAGGCCCCGGAGGGGGGUCAUCCCGACCCCGACGGGCCGGCCAAGCCCAAGGCUGCGAAGGCUCCUUUCCGCCUGAGGAACCUCUUCUCUGCCACCUUCCCCUCCUUGAUGAAGAAGGAGACAGAUGAACGGCAGGCCCAGCUCCAGAAGGUAAAGCAGUACGAGCUGGAAUUCCUGGAAGAGCUCCUGAAGCCCCAGAGCAAGGGGGACCUCCCUGCCCCGGAGUACCUGCACCCCUCGGGCCCCGGCCGCUGUGGCUGCCAGCUGCGGAGCAGCCCCGUCCAGCAGGUGCCCGGCAUCUCCCGGGAGCAGCGCCGCAGCUGCGACUGUAAGCGCAUUUGCCGAGGAGGGAGACCGCAAGCGGCCCAGCUCCCCGCUCCCGAGCUGCUCCGGGGCAGAGAGAGAAACCGAGGCCUCCCCCUUCCGCAGCGCCCGGAGGCCCCCUCGGCUUUGAGCUUCAGCAGCCCCAGCGAGAGCUGCCGAGUUCGCUCCGCCAGCCUGGAGUCCCGGGAUAGCCGAUCAGAGCCCGAGAGUGGUGUGUCAUGUCUGGCCACCUGUGCCUCUAGGGGGGAGUGCAUGACGGCCCCGCACUAUAGGAAGCUGCUGCGCCGCUCUAGUGUUAGCGAGCCGGACAAGAGCGACCGGGCCUCCGUGGCCUCUGACGCCUCCCGGCCCCCGCCCCUAGGGCUGCUGCCCGAGGAGGCGGACGCCGGCUUCCCCCAGAGUGUGGGUCCCAAGGGCGAGCCCCGGGAGCCGAGGUCCCUGGGGGGCCCCCCUCAUGUCCGAGUCACUCCCGAGGGCAAAGGCCCCAAAGCAACAGCCCCAUUUUCCCUUCCAGAAGAGGUGUAUCCCGGCCCAGCUGACCUGGACGAGGACGGCGAAGGGGACAGGUGCUGCUCCAUCCGCUACUGCUUCUAUUACCGCAAGUGCGACGUGGCGGAUGACGGCAGCGACGGCAAGGACGAGCUCUCCUACUCGAUCCCCAUGCAGUUCCUGCCGGGCGUGAAGCUGGACGAGCAGGUGGUGCCGGUGGUGAGCCACACCCUCCAGGUGUUAGACGCCACCACGUGCAGCAGCGGCAGCCCCGAAGCCCACCAGACCCAAGAGAUCGACCUGAGGCUCUCGACCUUCGAGGGGAGCCUCGCUAAGAUCAAUGCCCUGCAGGGCCACGUCUACGCCCUGCCCGACGGCUUCCUGGCCGUGCGGCUGGACACCAACGAGCUGUUGGCGGUCCUGCGGCAGUGCGUGGUCAACCCUGAGGUCCGGGGCCCCAAGCCCCACACUUCCCAGCUCUCCCAGUAUAAGCAGGAGCUGGCCCUCAAGUUCAAGGAGCUGCGGGCCUCCUGCCGCCGCGUGGCCGCCGUGGACAAGAGUCCCACCCACAUGCUGGCGGCCAUCACGGCCAGUUUCCAGGUGCUAAGUGGCCUCAUCGAGACCUUCGUGCGGCUGGUGUACAUCGUGCGCUCCGAGGCCCAACGUCAGGAGCUGCUGGUCAAGGUGGAAGAGGUCGUGAAGAACUACACCUUCCUGCUGCGAGCCGCGGAGGAGUCCACCGCUCGGACCCUGAACCAGCAGCAGACGGCCGCGGCGGCCGCGGCGGGACCAGCGGCGGAGCGCCCCCCGGUCACAUCCGCGACUGUUAUGAGCACAUUCACGCGCUCCUUGAAGACCCUGAUCAACAAGUAAACCUUCGCCCUCCGCCCCGCCCCGCCCCGCCCCGUCCCGUUCCGCCCCGCCCCGCCCCGCCCCCAACUCCACCUACUGAGCGGAGCCGUGCUGCUCGGCGUCCUCUGAGCCGCCUCACCGCCAGUUGAGAGUGUCAGGGAAAUAAGAUCUCGUUCCCCCUUUCGGUCAAGGCUUUUCCCGGAGCCUCCAGGCGGCUGCCGCCCGGGUGCCCUCUCCCCCCCCCCACCUUGCCCAGCUCCCCCCUCCCCGGUGAGGUCACUUUUGGAGAGGUGACGAACCCAUCUCACUUCCUGCCCUUUAUUUAAGCCUAAUGGGGCCUUAUCCUAUGGGAAAGUGGGCUGGCUACUGACUUCCAGGCUCCCCACAAAAAAGUGCCCCACACCGCCCCCCCCCAACCGUGAACAACCCAGAGUCGAGGCAUCUAUAACUGCCAUGGGGGAUGGGAGCCGAGUGCCACCAAGCUGAGCACCGCGCAGGCCGGGCACCCACGUCACCACGUGGGGAGACCGCUGGGAAGACCUCCCGAGGUCACCGCGCCUCGGUGCCCGCCAUAGCCAGACCACCGUGUGUGGUCCGGCCCCUUGAGGGCCCUUGGCUAUUUGGUGCCCGCUUGCCCUCGAGCCAGAAGCCGAGCUUCCGGCCAGUAGGCGGAGGGAACCCUUCCGCCCAGGCUCCGGCGGGGGUGCCCAGCCCCUCCCCCUCCCGUUCCCCCCUUCCCCCCCCCCUCCUCCCGCAGGCCUGCAUGCCGCCCGAUGGCCGGACGGCCGGGCAGGGCAACUCCCAGGCCUUUAAUGAGCUAACAGCUAUCAAUCUACUCCCUUACUCUGGCCAAGGCACCUGGUUCCAACGUCUGAAUUCUCGGAGCUCCCUUCUCAGUCCCCCCAGAAGGGCCGGCCUCUACUGGUGGCCGAGAUACCAUCUCGCAACAGCUCCUUCAGACAUAGUGCCCCGUAGGGUUUAUCUAAGAGGGGGGGGACCCAGGGGGGAUUUUUUUAAACUCCCGGGCGUUAGCAUGAGAGCCCCUGAGGAACUGAGAGCCUUAUCUGGUGCGUCCCCGCACCUCCCUCUCUCCAGGAAGACCUGGAGCAGACUUGACACUGUUCCGUGCCCUCCCCUCCAAUGUAUGCCCCAGAUUCCCAGCCCUUUAGGAGUGGAACCCCAAAGUCCCCAUGUCUCUCUACUACCGUAGGGAUGAAACAGAGUGGCUUUAUCCUCCUGCAUAGAUCAAUUACUGUCCACCCACCCAUCCAUCCAUCGCCAUCGUCCACUUUUUUUUAAACACUUAUUCUAGAAGCCCACAGAAAAAUCCCCCAUGGUUCCAUGACUUUUCUAGAAUGUACACUGUGCUUUAAACCAACCCCGAUGCCCCUGUGCAAUAAAAUUCCCUGAGUGGUGAAUAUUUCUGGCCAAGGGCAAGAGGGCCAAAUUCUACGGAAGGAGACCCCCCCUUGCUCCUUACCCGACCCCCAAGACCAAGUAGCCAAAUGGAUCGGAGAGGGCUUGCCAGCGGGGGACUCGUGGCCCCUGUGACCACAGAAGGCGAGAGCUGCUCUUCGUGGUCUCUGGUCUCUCCUCUUUCCCAUGUUUUCAUAGCCACAAAUCCCCAUUUGACUCCUCCUUCCACACCUGCCCCGUUCUGUGCCUGUUGCAUUCCAGGUCCUCCUUUCAUCUGCCUCUCAUGCUCAUAGAAGAACCAUUUUUUAAUGUCUGUAUAUAGUAUAUAUACGAAUAAGAUCUAUACAUUAUAUAUGCAACGUGUCUUGUUUUACAAAUAAGAAAGAAAGAUUAAAUCUAUUCAUCUUACUA